CUAUUCUCAAUGGGAGAUCAAAUCAAACCAUACAAGCACAAACGCAGGCACAGGGUUUUUUUCUUCUUUUUCUUUUUUCUUUCUUUCUUUCUUUCUUGUUGUCUUUUAACUCAUCCUUCCUUCCUUUCUCUUCGUCCCAUCCUCAUCCUCACUCUCACCCCUCCCCACCUUUCUCCUCCCCCCAUCAUAUAAUGAAAAAAUGACGGCCCAAUUCAGUUUCAACAACAGCUGGUCCACCUCUAUGACCCGUACCUCUCGCAAGAAACUCUGGGCAAUCUUUUGUGCACUCUGUGUCUUCUUCAGCUUAUCUCUUUUCCAUCUCCACAGUCCAUUCUUCAGACAAAGUUCGUCAACAGCCGACAGCGUCUCUAACAAAUGCACGGUCCCAGAUGAACAACUUGCGGCCAAAAAGAAACUUGUUGGCAAGAAUUGGAUCGUAGUAACCACCAUUAACCCACCAACAGAUGCCAUGAAUCUUUUAUGCAAUCUCAAGGAGUGGAACGUGGUCGUUGUGGCAGAUACGAAAUCACCCAAAGAAUGGGAAUGCGGUUCCUGUGUGUACCUGACAGUCGAAGACCAACAAUGUCUAAAAUUCGGUAUUACAGAGGUGAUUCCCUACAGAGCAUACACUCGCAAGAACAUUGGCUAUCUCUGGGCUAUUCAACAAGGUGCCACUACAAUUUUUGAUACUGAUGACGACAAUCUUCCAAAUACCAACAUCACAUUCGAAUCACCCACUGAGAGUGUCAUCACCUAUCGCACGGACAAACCUGAAGAGAGAAGCGUCAAUGUCUAUUCACAUUUCGGCAGACCCGAUGUUUGGCCACGGGGCUUCCCUUUGAAUGAAAUUGACAUUGAACGACCUGUAUCAUAUCUUCCAUCCUAUGCUUCCCUCCCUGAGAAGGAGAGGAAAUUGGUGGGACCCCCUGUGAUGAUUCAACAAGGCUUGGCUGAUUUGGACCCUGAUGUUGAUGCCAUCUUCCGUUUGACUCAAGGACAGGAGUUGAAGAAGAUCAAGUUCUGUAAAAAAUCACCCUCCAUUCGGUUGUCCCCAGGAUCGUUCUGUCCCUUUAAUUCCCAGAACACUUUGUUCAGUUACGAUGCAUUCUGGGGAUUGUUACUGCCAAUCACAGUCUCCUUCCGAGUUUGUGAUAUCUGGCGCGGCUAUUGGGUCCAACGGUUACUUUGGGACAUUAAUGGCUCCUUGGGCUUCACCAAGCCCACGGUUGAUCAGAUUCGAAACGCUCACAACUAUCUGGCUGAUUAUGAGGACGAACUCCAACUCUAUUCAGAGGCCUCAAAGCUCGUCGAAUUCCUCGCCAACUGGUCAUCUCCCUCCACCAACCUCGGAACUCGUAUUGUUGACCUCAUGAAAGCCAUGGCAAAGGAGAAAUUCAUUGGAGAGGGAGAUGUGGAUCUUUCAGAACGAUGGGUCAGAGAUCUUCAAAACGUAGGAUAUAACUUCCCGGAUGUGACCCUUUACAACCGUCAGGCUGUCCGGAAUUCUAUCACUGCCAUCCAAAAGCCCAUUGUUUCAACCGAUUCUCAUCGACUUUCUUUUGAGGCCCUUAAUCAAUGUAAAGCAGACACAACAGAUCCGUCCAUGGCCAAGAUUCAAAUCGUCAAGGACAAACCGCGAACAGUGGAUAUUUUCAAUGACGUACUUCUGGUCGUCAACUUUAACUGGCCGCUCUACGAUGCAAUUGAGCCGUAUCUCUCGAUCUACAAGCCUCACUUCCCUAAUAUUGUCAUGUAUGGUCCAGACGUCCCUGAACAUCUCCAAGGAGUCGUCAGGUCUGUUUCACAUAAUGAAGGAAACAUUGGAUAUAAAUCUCUGGUGAUGGCGAUGGAGGAAUUCCCCAAUUACUCGGGCUAUCUUUAUACAAACGAUGAUACCCUUCUAAACGUCCAUCAGCUUGCCACAUAUGAUCUGGACAAAGUAUGGAAGCAUGUCCCCAUCUUGUCAGAAGAUCUUCGUGACCGAUCCAAACCACCACCAUACUCCUGGCACUGGGAGAGGCCAGGAACAACCGACAUGUGGAAUGAUCCUACCUCUUUUACGGAUAUUCAGAGAGAGCGGAUAGCUAAGUUCACUGGAAUCCCUGGACCAGCCGAUAUCAGAGCCUUCUGUGAUGCAGUCUAUGUUCCUGGAAGGAUUUCCUUGGAGGUCAAGGAUGUCCUUACGCGCUUCCUUAAGCAUGAUGUCUUUUUGGAGCUUGGAGUAGGGUUGGCGCUCAUUGCUGUAGAGCCAACAGAGAAUUGGGUGGACUGGAAGGAGUCUUAUCUGUGGUAUGGAGGUGAGCGAGAGCUAUGGCGUGAUUACAUGCAGCCUGGCGUGGGUAUUGUACACCCUGUCAAGCUCUUGAAAGAUCGAAAGGCUCGUGACGAUAUCAUCACUUGGAUGGAAUCUGUUGAAGUAGUGUAAAAAAAAAAAAAAAAA